UGUUGGGUGCAUAUGUAUUUAUAAUUGUUUUAUCUUCUUCUUGGAUCGAUCCCUUGAUCAUUAUGUAGUGUCCUUCCUUGUCUCUUGUAACAUUCUUUAUUUUAAAGUCUAUUUUAUCUGAUAUGAGUAUUGCUACUCCAGCUUUCUUCUGAUUUCCAUUUGCAUGGGAUAUCUUUUUCCAUCCCCUCACUUUCAGUCUGUAUGUGUCCCUAGGUCUGAAGUGGGUCUCUUGUAGACAGCAUAUAGAUGGGUCUUGUUUUUGUAUCCAUUCAGCAAGCCUGUGUCUUUUGGUUGGAGCAUUUAAUCCAUUCACGUUUAAGGUAAUUAUCGAUAUGUAUGUUCCUAUGACCAUUUUCUUAAUUGUUUUGGGUUUGUUUUUGUAGGUCCUUUUUCCUCUCUUGUGUUUCCCACUUAGAGAAGUUCCUUUAGCAUUUGUGGUAGAGCUGGUUUGGUGGUGCUGAAUUCUCUUAGCUUCUGCUUGUCUGUAAAGCUUUUGAUUUCUCCAUGGAAUCUGAUUGAGAUCCUUGCCCGGUAGAGUAAUCUUUGCUGUAGGUUCUUCCCUUUCAUCACUUUAAGUAUAUCAUGCCACUCCCUUCUGGCUUGUAGAGUUUCUGCUGAGAAGUCAACUGUUAACCUUAUGGGAGUUCCCUUGUAUGUUAUUUGUCAUUUUUCUCUUGCUGCUUUCAGUAAGUUUUUCUUUGUCUUUAAUUUUUGCCAGUUUGAUUACUAUGUGUUUUGGCGUGUUUCUCCUUGGGUUUAUCCUGUAUGGGACUCUCUGCGCUUCCUGGACUUGGGUGGCUCUUUCCUUUCCCAUGUUAGGGAAGUUUUCGACUAUAAUCUCUUCAAAUAUUUUCUCUGGUCCUUUCUCUCUCUCUUCUCCUUCUGGGACCCCUAUAACAUGAGUGUUGUUGCAUUUAGUGUUGUCCCAGAGGUCUCUUAGGCUGUCUUCAUUUCUUUUCAUUCUUUUUUUUUUUAUUCUCUUCCGCAGCAGUGGAUUCCACCAUUCUGUCUUCCAGAAUGUUAUCUGUUCUUCUGCUUCAGUUAUUCUGCUAUUGAUUCCUUCUAGUGUAGUUUUCCUUUCAGUUAUUGUAUUGUUCAUCUCUGUUUGUUUGUUCUUUAAUUCUUCUAGGUCAUUGUUAAACAUUUCUUGCAUCUUCUCCAUCUUUGCCUCCAUUCUUUUUCCGAGGUCCUGGAUCAUCUUCACUAUCGUUAUUCUGAAUUCUUUUUCUGGAAGGUUGCCUAUCUCCACUUCAUUUAGUUGUUUUUCUGGGGUUUUAUCUUGUUCCUUCAUCUGGUACAUAGUCCUCUGUCUUUUCAUCUUGUCUGUCUAUCUGUGAAUAUGUUUUUUGUUCCACAGGCUGCAAGCCUGUAGUUCUUGCCUCUGCUGUCUGCCCUCUGGUGGAUGAGGCUAUCUAAGAGGCUUGUGCAAGUUUCCUGAUGGGAGAGACUGGUGGUGGGUAGAGCUGACUGUUGCUCUGGUGGGCAGAGCUCAGCAAAACUUUAAUCCAAUUGACUGCUGAUGGGUGGGACUGGGUUCCCUCCCUGUUGAUUGUUUGGCCAGAGGCAACCCAACACUGGAGCCUACCUGGGCUCUUUGGUGGGGCUAAUGGUGGACUCUGGGAGGGCUCACGCCAAGGAUUACUACCCAGAACUUCCGCUGCCACUGUCCUUGUCCCCACGGUGAGCCACAGCCACCCCUGCCUCUGCAGGAGACCCUCCAACACUAGCAGGUAGGUCUGUUUCAGUCUCCCCUGGGGUCACUGCUCCUUCCCCUGGGUCCCGAUGCGCACACUACUUUGUGUGUGCCCUCCAAGGGUGGAGUCUCUGUUUCCCCCAGUCCUGUUGAAGUCCUGCAUUCAAAUCCCAGUAACCUUCAAAGUCUGAUUCUCUAGGAAUUCCUCCUCCCGUUGCCAGACCCCCAGGUUGGGAAGCCUGACGUGGGGCUCAGAACCUUCACUCCAGCGGGUGGACUUCUGUGGUAUAAGUGUUCUCCAGUCUGUGAGUCACCCACGCAGCAGUUAUGGGAUUUGAUUUUACUGUGAUUGCACCCCUCCUACCGUCUCAUUGUGGCUUCUCCUUUAUCUUUGGAUGUGGGAUAUCUUUUUUGGAGAAGACAGCAUUGACCUUUCCUUCAUCAGGCCAAAGAUGCCUCUCUUUGGGAGUACAUUCAGUCCGAAGAAGACGCCCCCUCGGAAGUCUGCGUCUCUCUCCAACCUGCAUAAUUUGGAUCGGUCGACCCGGGAGGUGGAGCUGGGCCUUGACUAUGGAACGCCCACCAUGAACCUGGCCGGGCAGAGCCUGAAGUUUGAAAACGGCCAGUGGAUAGCAGAGACAGGGGUUAGUGGAGGUGUGGACCGGAGGGAGGCCCAGCGCCUCCGGAGGCGGAACCAGCAGCUGGAGGAAGAGAACAAUCUCUUGCGGCUGAAGGUGGACAUCCUGCUGGACAUGCUCUCUGAGACCACUGCUGAAUCCCACUUAAUGGAGAAGGAGCUGGAUGAACUGAAGAGUGUCAGCCGGCGGAGAAAAUGAAGACCCCAAAGCCACCCGUCAGGCGCACACGGGGAAACCCUUCGUCAGAAGAGGAGGAUGUGGCUGAGGGAAUUUUUAACCAAAUAGUGGAUUAGGUCCUGGGAGAGAGUAUCAUAUAAUGGGCCCAAAAGGCACUGGCCCCCUUAGGUUGGCAGUAGGAAGGUGACAGCGUAGUGGAUUCCAGGCCAGUCCUGUGCUUCACAGCACAGCGAGGCCUCCUCAGGGAGGUCUGGGGUGACGGAGGCCUUUGGUGUCCUCCAGUUACUUAACGCACAAACGCCCGUGGCCCAGGCUCACGCUCAUCGGACGGAGUUCGUCGCAUCAUCCCCUCGCACUGUUGUGUGUGGUGUGGCAUCAGGUGUACAGAGCCUUGUUGUUAGGGGUCUCAGGUAAGGUCUCCCGCUCCUCUGCCCUUCAGGCCACUCUCUCCCUCCUUCAGAGAAUACUUGUACCCACCCGCAGCGCCCUCCGGCGCCAGCCCCUCAGCAGCAGGCGCCGCCCCCCGCGGCAGCGCUAUGUUUCUGUGCUUCUUUCCCGUCUGCCCUACUUUUGAAUUAAAUGAUGCUCUGUGAUCUC